GUUGAUCCACGCUGUCUAUGCCAUUCUGCACCAAUCGGAGUCUCAUUGUGCAGCACAUUGUCGUGCCUCAUCGCUCUCUCUCUCUCUCUUUUCCCCCCUUUUCCCUCUCCCUCUCACUUUUCCCUUCGAGAUAACGAUUAGACGCAUACUUGAAUAACAUCGAUCCCGAUUUCUAGAACGAGGUCACCACGCAGGGGCAACGAUCCGCGCGCGGAGCGAGCUCGAUCACUAUCCCGCGCGUACAACGUCCGCCCGUCUUGUUGUGUUUACGUGCGUGUGUACACACAUAAUAUACGCGAGACAGUCGCGCGUUUGCAUCAUCGUGAACCGCGAAGUCAAGCGAGGAUCAUCCAAGGAUCAUUUGCCUCUCUUCGCGUUCUCGUCGCUGGUAAAGUCUACUCUAACAACGAGUCCGCGUCCCUUCGCGUGGACGCGUCCGCGCUACUUUCGUCGCCAUCCUCUUCGCCGUUUUUCCCCUCGUCUAUCUCCCUCGCUCUCGCUCUCGAUCGAGAGAUGACAAGUUACAUCGUUCGUCCUCGCUGGCGGCGGUGCAUCGUUUACGCAAACGUCCGCGUCGAUGACGCAAAGUGAACUCGUCGCGCUUGCUACGAGAGCACUCGCCCCGGGAGGCGUCCCCGUUGACGGAUUUAGGCCAGUCCAAACAAUACAAAAAGAUGGACGCGACGAUAGAGAGAGAGUGCAGCGCGUUGGGCGGUUUGUUCCAACAGAUCGUCACUGACAUGAAGAAUGGAGCACCACUUUGGGAAGAUUUGAUUUCAAAAGCUACAAAAUUACAUGCAAGUUUGAGAGCUGCUCUCUUGGCUAUUUCUGCAUAUCUUGAGACUUUUCAGAAGAUAGCAGAUGCUGCGACUAAUGCCAGGGGUGCAACUAAGGAAAUUGGAACAGCACUGACACGAAUAUGUCUAAGACAUAAGGCGGUAGAAACUCGUAUGAAGUCAUUUACUAGCGCUAUUAUGGACUGCUUGGUGCUGCCUUUACAAGAGAAACUGGAAGAUUGGAAAAAAUCUUUGAUCAAUUUAGAUAAAGAACAUGCCAAAGAAUUCAAAAAAGCAAGGGCGGAGUUGAAGAAACGCUCCACCGAUACUCUACGCCUGCAAAAGAAGAAAGCACGAAAGGGUCAAGUUUACCUACACAUCCAGGGACAACCUCAAAGUCAUGGGACAUGUUCCAGUGAUGUGGAGCUCAAUAGGAUGCUGGAAUCGUCGGCGGCGGUUGUCCAGGAGAAAAGACUGAGUUUAGAAGAAACGGAACGAAAAGCCGUCCGUGCUGCCCUUCUCGAGGAGAGAGGCAGAUUUUGUCUCCUUGCCCGAUUCCUGAAACCUGUACUCGAUGAGGAGAUAGCGAUGUUAAUGGAAUUGACGCAUUUGCAAGAGGUGUCCGAUCAAUUACAAAGACAUGCCGCAUCGCCGCAUCAUUUACCGCCUGCAUCCGAGCAGGUAAUAACGGACAUAAAAGGUUGCGACGUUACUCAAUGGUCGUUGGCUACGCCGCCGUCGAGUCCGUCGCUAUCUCUCGGAUCGAGGAAGAGCUCUAUGUGUUCGAUCAGUUCUCUAACUAGUAGCAGUAGUGGAUCUUGUAAAAGUCAUCCAAGCCCGUCCGGACAUCCAUGGCACAGAUCGCUCUCUCAGCCGGUCGGUGUCAGGCCCGCCAGCAUCAGCGGUAUCGCGACACUGCGCCAUUUGACGAGUGGCAGUUCCCGCGAUUCUGGCUUCACGUCUCAGGACACAUUGUAUAACCAACCGAUUUCUGAAGAUCAGGUGUCGAAUGUGUCUUCUCUAAGUAAUCAAAGUACCGGUUGUACUGUAACAAGACCCGUGACAACUUCAACUUGGCCUGAUUUGCAGGAAACGUCCGUUCAAUACAACCGGCAAAACCCGAAUGCAGUAAACGAACGGCCACAUACCAUUUCCUCUGCGUACGAAAAGGGUCAUCAGAGACCCGCGCUCAGCGUCUACACAUUCCAAGCGCCGGAUCGUGACGGUAGCGGUUGCUGCCACAGCCAGCCCGCCUCUCCGGUUUCCUCUUCCUCGUCGUGUUCUUCCUCGAAUCAGCAACUAUCUAGGGUACAACUUCGUAGAAAUAACGGCGGCACUCGUCCACCUAUACCGAAUAGAUGUUCUAGUCUGGAACGACCGACAAUUCCGGUGAAGAACGAACCGCCCGGAAGUCCACGGGGAAAACCCAAGUUACCUCUUCCAGCUCAUUUGGCGAAAGAAUUGGCAACUCAUCAGCUCCAACAGCCGAUGUACGUAAACAUGCACGAGUUGGCGAAUCUAGCUGCUAGUCGUGCUCAGGAAAUGCAGCUUCCGUUGCCUCCUCCUCCGGCGUUGUUAACGACGCCAAGCACUGAUAAGGCCGAAGCUCCGGAAAAAGAUGCUGGUAGUCAAACGUCCGAGUCCAGCUUGGAGUCCAGCAGCGGAUACGGAAGUCAAAAUACUUUGCCGCAUUCGCAUUCGCUUCACAAUCAAAACGAGAAUACGUGGAAUGUGCCAGGCAUGGCUGCGACCAUGUUAAUGACACGCAGGGGAUCGGCGCAGCAGGUGAUCAGACCACCGCCGCCGACGAGACGCACAUCCACCGUCAUCAUCGCUCCUCCCACGUCGUCCGUCAAUGAGGAUUGCAACGAAAAUGUUUGCGACGAGGUGGAGAAUCUUCCUCCACCACCUGCGUUUCUUCUAGAAGGCUCUUCGCCUACAGCCAGUCCUACGCCUCAAAGAUCCAUCUCGGUUUCUGAAACGGUGAGGACUUUGACCGAGUUGCGUCAUACCCCGGCCAGUCCGUCACUCUUACGGAAGGCUACUUUACAGCAACAAGUGCAUAAUAAUCCUUCGAGCGUUGUCCAACAUAACACCGUGCUGCAGAUAACUCGUUCAUCGGUUGAACGUUCCUGCUCUGUCCGUUCGACGUCUCAAGAACGCGGAUCUGUCGGCGCUCAAACAACCGCUAGUGCAGCCGGUGGAGGUCCGACUCAGAUCGUUCACACCCAAGGACAGGGACCCGGUGGCGUAGGUCAGGGUUUCAUGGCGGUGCUCAACGCUAAGCUCAUUGGUACGAUGAGCGGCGGCAAUGCCGCGGCAGGCGUGAACGUCAGCGGCAGCCCUAAAUCUCUCAGGAAGCAGUCAAUUACGGAACAGCAGCAGCAACAGCAGCAGUCCAACAAAAACGUCAAAACGACGGCUCCCGGUUUCCUUGAGACACUGAACGCUAAACUGGCUCAGCAACAACAGGCCCUGCAACAGGCGGGGAACAACGGGACGAGUAGAUCAGCGAGUGUCAGGCGCAUCAUGGGCAAUCGUGUGCCCAUCAUGGAUCCGGUGCAAAUGAGGGACUCCCUUAUGGAUCAGAUCAGACGUGGCACUUCGCUGAGGAAAACCAGCGGCCCGAUCAACGAUCGUUCGGCACCCAAAAUCUAUUGAAUAAUCCAGCACUGCGUAAGUUUGUAACGUCGCGUUCCUUUACGAAUUCCACGAGCAACGUUAUUCUCUCUUUUGGAUAUAAUUGACUCGCGAGAUGCGAUAGAAAUCGCAAUAAGUAUCGGGCAGAAAUCAAUAUCUUCCGAUUCUUCGUCUAUAUUUUCGUGCAUGAUUUUCGAGUUACGUGCGCGGUACUAUAACGGGAUAAUAUAACAAAGCCGUCGUUACUUUUAUCUUCAUUUCCUCCGAUAACACGCAGGCUCCAUAUUAAAUCGAUAUAUGAUUUCUUGUACAAUAACACGCGUAUCGAAAUAUUGCGCGCAAUUGAAGAAUAAUUUUAACGGAUAGAUUUUAAUGGUGUUAUAUAUACGAUUAUAUUGUAGCAUAUAAAAUACGAAAAGCAGCGUAGAAAGAGAUUUUUAUAAUGUAUCAAUAUUUAUAAAAAAAGAAUACUGAUUUGAUUAGGGAAUUGUGUCUCACAAGAUCCAUAUCGAUACAACGACAAUACUCCAGUACAACUUGUGUCUCAUAGUUGUCUAUUUUUUCUGCUUGAGAAGAACGAUUCUCUCUUGUUGCUCCAUUAUCGCUUAGUCUGUAAUUGGGUAUGCAAUUGGGAUCUUUAUGCGAUCUCGCGAAAAUCAUACAUAAUUUAAUAUCGAGCUUGUGUAUUCAAGACGCGAGACUCGUCAAUACAUAUCGGUUUACAAUAUCUUUCUUUCUCUUACAUGCCUUUUUUCACUUUUAUAUGAGAAGCGCGAGUUCAUUUUGCUAUAGAUUUCAUGCUUUCUCGAUUCCAUGAGGUUGCUGCGGCGUGUGUUUAAUCGUCGAAAUCGAUGGCCGUUUCUCCAGUAGUGUACUCUUCGCCAUCGAGAUCUAAUUCUCGGUUACGAGAGAGAAACGGUGGCAUAUAUAUUCAUAUUAAUAAUAUACACUGUAUGACAUCUCUCUCUCUCUCUCAAUGUCGAUUAAUGUUAAUAUGCAUAUGUGUCGCGCCUUCGCGAAGAUGAUUACACUCGUUGUCGCUUGCAAGCUACAUUUUGACGACGAGAAAAAUGUCUAUUAAUUCUGAGCAAACGCUCCGAAAUGUUAUCGAAUAUUACCAUUAUAUCGUCAAGUUGUUAGAGAAUCUUCUUUUUUAUGUACACGUAUAUCUUUUUGCGUUACGUUACGUCGUCGUAUUGUCGCCAAUGUACACUGCCCGGGCGUGCAAAUCGAAAUCAUACAUUUAUCACUCAUCUAACGCGUGAUAUGCGGCGAAUACCGAUUAUUACUGCCAAUUACAUUCAUCUCCUUUCAUUCCUCGCAUAGUGUUAAGUUUUCAAUGGUAUUGUAGCGAACCGGCGCGAUGAAUAGUGUAUAGCGAGCAAUAGCAUAUAUAUAUAUAUUAUAUACAUAUACAUAUAUGUUUAUUUAUUUCAAGAAGCAUUUAACUGUAUACACAGCGUGAAUAAAUAAUAAUACUUCCAGAGAAAA